AUGUCGGCUCAACUUUAUCCUACCCUUGGUGAAGAUCUGUUAGCUUCUUUCAAGGAAAAGAGAUUCACGGACAUUACGAUAACGACCGAACAAGGAACACCUAACGCGAAAACGUUCCGGUCACACAGAUUUGUCCUUUACUCACGUUCUCAAUAUUUUCGAGAACUCUUGUCCGAAGAUGAUAAUAACGAAAAUAUCGAGCUCCCAGACAUUUCAGGUGAGAUCUUUGAGGAUUUGCUAAGUGGAAGGGUCAGCUUGGGCCAUAGAUCAGGAUCAGAAGUCCUUGAAUUAUUACUUGGGGCUGAAAAACUUACCCUUGAUCUCGUCAACAGCAUACAAUCUUUCAUCAUUGAGCAACAUGGUAACUGGUUAAAUGAGCAUUUUGCUCAUAUUUAUCAUGUGAGUAAUAAAUAUGAAACCUUUGAACAGCUACGUGCAUUCUGCGCUCAUACCGUCAACAACUCCCCUGAGGUAGUUUUCUUGGCUGCCGAUUUUACAUGUCUUCCUGAGAAAUUGUUACGCGAAAUUCUUGUUCGGGACGAUCUAAAAAUAGAUGAAGUUGAACUUUGGAACUAUUUGCUGAAAUGGGGUCUUGACAAAAACUCGUCAUUGAAAUUUGAUCCUUCAUUAUGGAGCCAGGAUGAUGUCGAAUCAUUGGCAAAAACUCUCAAGGAUUGUCUGCCAUUAGUUCGAUUUUUUCAAUUUUCUGCCAAGAAUUAUCGUACUCAUCUAUUACCAUACAAAAAACUUCUGAAAAUUUCUCAACCAAAGGUUUAUGAUGAUUUGAAAAAUUAUUUUUCUAUGGAUAGUCUUCGACCUACUUGCAAAAUUUUGGGUCCACGUUACAAUCCAAUAGAAUGGAAACGGGUAGAUUGUGUAUGGGGAAAGACAUCUGAUAGUUUCAUUUUUUCUUUUCCGACUAAUGAUUUUCAAGAUGCAAUCCUUAGUCGUGUUGUCACUGUUGCAAAAGCUGUGAGUUGGGAAUUGGAAUAUGGUCCUUCCUUUGGAAAUGAUUUAAUAAUGAUUGGACCCAAUCUCCAAAAGCGUUGUCUCUGCAACAUCUCAAAUUUACCACAGGUAUAUGAGAAACAAUUGCGACAAUCUUCAAGCGAAUUUGAGAUAGUGGAUUAUGAAGUAUACCAAAUUCAGAGAAAG